AUGGUGGACGCAGCAGCAGCAGAGCAGUACCUGGAUGCCAACCCAGCGUUCGCCAAGGAAUACUUUGACAUCAACUUCCGGCCUAAGAUCGUCUCAGACCUGCUGGACAACAAUCGGAAGUCCACUUUGGACGUCACCAAGUUUCACGAACUGUCAUCGGUGGAGGAGAGUGAGAUCCUCUUCGACCUGAUCCGAGACAUCCAGGACAACCUGCAGAUGGAGAAGUCCAUCUUUAACCUCAUGAAAAACCUCAGCUUCAUGUUGAGGGCCGACCGCAUGAGCCUCUUCAUGUACCGCCAGAGGAACGGUGUGGCUGAGCUGGCAACCAGGUUAUUUAAUGUCCAUAAAGAUGCACUCCUUGAUGACUGCCUGGUGCAUCCUGACAGUGAGAUUGUGUAUCCGUUGGAUCUUGGCAUUGUGGGUAGCGUGGCUUCUACCAAGAGGAUGGCUAACAUUUACAAUGUGGCAGAUAGCCCUCAUUUCAGUGACUUUGUGGACGAACUGACUGAGUAUAAGACCAAAAACGUCCUCGCCAUACCUAUCAUGAACGGUAAAGAUAUGGUGGCGGUCAUGAUGGCCCUCAACAAAUUGGACGGGCCACACUUCGAUACCAAAGAUGAGGAGACCCUGAACAAGUACCUGAACUUUGCUAACCUGAUCCUGAGAGUUUUCCACCUGAGCUACCUGCACAACUGUGAGACCAGGAAGGGACAGAUGCUGCUGUGGUCGGCCAGCAAAGUGUUUGAAGAGCUGACAGACAUUGAAAGGCAGUUCCACAAGGCCUUGUACACAGUCAGAGCUUUCCUCAACUGUGACCGCUACUCUGUGGGUCUGCUGGACAUGACCAAGACAAAGGAGUUCUUCGACCUGUGGCCCGUUCUGAUGGGAGAAGUCCCACCGUAUGAUGGACCCAAAACACCUGAUGGCAGGGAAAUCAUCUUCUACAAGAUCAUCGACUACAUUCUGCACGGCAAAGAGGACAUCAAAGUCAUACCGACUCCUCCAGCAGAUCACUGGGCGCUGAUCAGCGGUUUGCCCACCUACGUAGCAGAGAAUGGACUGAUCUGUAACAUAAUGAACAUCAAUGAGGAUGAUAUGUUCAACUUCCAGAGAGAGCCCCUGGACAGCUCCGGCUGGACCAUUAAGAACGUCUUGUCUUUGCCAAUCGUCAACAAGAAAGAAGAGAUAGUGGGUGUGGCCACGUUCUAUAACAGGAAGGAUGGGAAACCCUUUGAUGAAAUGGACGAAACACUGAUGGAGUCUCUGACCCAGUUCCUUGGCUGGUCGGUGCUGAACACUGACACCUACGAUAAGAUGAACAAGCUGGAGAACAGGAAGGACAUCUUCCAGGACAUGGUGAUGUACCACGUCAAGUGUCGCAAGGACGAGAUCCAGCACGUUCUGAACACCAGAGAGAGAUGGGGAAAGGAGCCGGAUGAGUGCGAGGAGGAGGAGCUCCAACAGAUUCUGGCAGAGGUUUUGCCGAACACUAAGAAAUGUGAGAUCUUAGAGUUUCACUUCUACGACUAUCACCACAGUGAAUUGGACCUGGUGUUGUGUGGCAUCAAGAUGUACUACGAACUGAAAGUGGUGGACAAGUUUCACGUUCCCAGAGAGGCCCUGACAAGGUUCAUAUAUUCACUCAGUAAAGGCUACAGGAGGAUCACUUACCACAACUGGAGACACGGAUUCAACGUUGGACAGACCAUGUUCACCCUGCUGAUGACAGGUGAUUUGAAGCGCUACUUCACAGACCUGGAGUGUAUGGCCAUGGUGACCGCUGGCCUCUGUCACGAUAUCGACCACAGAGGAACCAACAACCUCUACCAGAUGAAGUCUGGUAAUCCACUGGCGAAACUUCAUGGCUCUUCCAUCCUGGAAAGACACCAUCUGGACAUUGGCAAGACUCUGCUGAGAGAUGAUAGUUUGAACAUUUACCAGAAUCUGACCAGUCGCCAGCAUGACCACGUCAUCCACCUCAUGGACAUCGCCAUUAUCGCCACUGACCUGGCUCUCUACUUCAAGAAGAGGACGAUGUUCCAGAAGAUCGUGGACCAAUCCAAGACCUACGAGAACUGGAAUGAGUGGACCCAAUACAUGCAGCUGGAGACCACGCGCAAAGAGAUUGUCAUGGCCAUGAUGAUGACAGCUUGUGACCUCUCUGCUAUCGCCAAACCAUGGGAGAUCCAGAGCAAGGUGGCGCUGUCUGUAGCGGCUGAGUUCUGGGAGCAGGGAGACCUGGAGAGGACAGUCCUGGAGCAGCAACCCAUUCCCAUGAUGGACAGAACCAAAUCAGAUGAUCUACCGAAGAUGCAGUGUGGUUUCAUCGACUUCGUGUGUGCUUUUGUGUACAAGGAGUUCAGUCGUUUCCACCCGGAGAUUACCCCCAUGCUGGAUCGCCUGCUGAACAACAGGAAGGAGUGGAACGCUAUGAAGGAGAUUCACGAAGCCAAGCUGGCUGCUCUGGAGGCGGCCAAGGCAGCCAAGGAGGAGGAAGCUGGGAAAGCUGCAGCCGCCAAACAAGCGAGUGCAGCCCAGUCACAGUCAAAGACGUGUAUCAUCAGCUAA